UGCGCAGCUCCAGGAGCGCGCAGCUGGAUCACCGAUCCAUGGAAAGAGCCGAAGAUGUUGGCUCGGUCAUGUGAUCAGCUGUGUCCAAUCACAGCUGAUCACAUCAGCGCCACCUGUCAGUGUCCAUCAGUGCCAGCUCUGUGCUCAUCCAUGUCACCUGCCAGUGCCCAUCAGUGCCACAUUUCAGUGCCCAUCAGUGCCACAUCAAUGCCACAUAUCAGUGCCCAUCUGAGCUGCCUUUCAGUGUCACCCAUCAGUGCCAGUCAGUGCCACCUAUCAAUGCCAGUCAGUGCCACCUAUCAGUGCCAGUCAGUGCCACCUAUCAGUGUGCAUCAGUGCCCACUAUCAGUGCCCGUGAGUGCUGCCUAUCAGUGCCACCUAACAGUGCCAGUCAGUGCCAGUCAGUGCCGCCAGUCAGUGCCACCUAUCAGUGCCGCCUAUCAG